AUGUCAACAACACCCCAGAAUUGUCACUCAUGGACAGACUCAGAAUGUUUCGGAGCGACUGACGUGGCCGCAGAACAGUGAGAGUGUAGAGGGCCCAGCACAGGUCGCAGCUUAUGAGGCCAGUGCUCCGGAGGUCAUCCAGUAGGUUCGUGUCGUCCACCGCCAACCAUGCCGGUCAUCAGAUUGGUUUGCUCUCGGAUCGUUCUUCCUCUUCCCAGGUCACCUUCUGACACCUAUCAGCCUCGGUCGGUGGGUAACGGUCAGACACAACCCAUUAGUUGGCAUGGCCCGGGAUGCAAGCCCACUGAAAUCACGUGUCCUCUACCCUGCCCCUGUACCUUUGGUUGUUCCCGUCACCCAAUGCGCAGUAUCGCAUGCUGUGGGCUCAGACCCACUGGUAACAGUGAGGAAGAGCUAACAGAGGGCGGUCAGGGAAACGGUGGGAGACAUCCGGCCGUCUUUCACGCGAGCCAUGCUCGAACGUCGUAGAGGUCGAGGAGAGUGGUCUCCGGGUAGACCGGUCUAGAGACCAGGUCUGUCUCCUGACCCA